UCAAAAAUACCAGCACUAACGAUCACACUAGAAGAAGCAGAUAUGUUGUAUAGAAUGCAAAAACGAGGUGAAAAAAUCAUCAUUAACCUGGAUAUUAAAUCACAUCCAGACGGAAAUGUUUCUUCCAGAAAUAUUCUCUUCGAAAUCAAAGGUAGCGAGAUGCCGUCUGAAGUGGUACUUCUGUCGGGACAUAUGGACACUUGGGAUGUAGGACAAGGAGCAUUGGACGAUGGAGGUGGUUGUGCGGUCAUGUGGAGUGUUUUGUAUGCGCUGAAACAACUCGCGAAAAGAAAUUCUAUAUUCGCUCCCAAACGAACGAUUCGUGUCGCAUUUUGGACAGCCGAAGAGCAAGGUCUGCUGGGUGCUCGUUACUACUAUGAAACGCAUAAAAAUGAUACAAAUGAACGUUUUGUGUUUGUUUCUGAGUCUGAUCAAGGCGCCUUCAAACCAAAAAAUUGGUUUUCAUCUAUCGAAUUCGCUGGAAAUAAAGCACAGGUGGGUUACCUUCCGACAAUCGCAAGCGUUUUCAAUUCAUCUAUUAUGUAA